UCAGCAACCCCCCUGCCUUCUGACAAAGUGGUACGGACCCGGGCUCAAAUUCCGAGAAUUGAGCUGGUCUGAUUCUUAGAACUGGGGUUCUUAGAAGUGGUGAUGCAAGAAGUUUCUAGGAAAGCGCUACCAGAACUUGACAAAAUGGCUUGCGCAGCAGACAGCUGCAUACAGUUCACACGCCAUGCCAGUGAUGUUCUCCUCAACCUGAACCGUCUGCGCAGCAGAGACAUUCUUACAGAUGUCACCAUUCUGGUGAACAGGCAGCAGUUUCGUGCGCACAAGACCGUGCUCAUGGCUUGCAGUGGGUUGUUCUACACCAUCUUCACUGACUCCCACAAGUGCAACCUCAGCGCGAUCAGUCUUGACCCAAAGGUCGACCCAGAGGGCUUUGCCAUCCUGCUGGAGUUCAUGUACACCUCACGUCUCACACUAAAGGAGAGUCUGAUCAUGUCUAUCAUGAAUACAGCCAUCUACCUGCAGAUGGACCAUGUCGUGGACACCUGCCACAGAUUCAUCAAAACCAGUGAUCCAUCUGCCAAGCUGUCCAGAGAUGAGUUUUUGGUCAGUCCCUUGGUUUUACCUCAGGAUGUGCACAUGUACCGGCCCCAUGACGUUGUCGACAGUUUGCACAGCCGCGUAGCACCAUUUAGAGACGGGAGGCCCUACAGUUCAAACAUGUUCAAUGGGGUCAGCACCCCCAGCAACUACCAUCUGUAUGGGCAGUUUCCUAUGCCUGGAUUCCCUUUCCCUCUCUGCAAGCUGACUGAUGCCAAAAGCGCUUUUGCAGACCUCUCUAAGAGUGCUAUGCACCACAAGCAUUGUUCUCCACAUGACGGCGCCAACGCCAUCAGGUCAGAAUACACCAGGCCCGUUGGUACCACCAUCAUUCACUCCACCACCUACGCCUCCAGGGAGGUAGGGAGAGACAGUGAGAUACGGAGGGAAAGCCACGACGGGAUGAGCCAGUCUAACUCUCUCGGCACAAGAAAGCGUACGUUUCCUGCGCUAAACCUCGAGCACCAGAAAGACUUGAGCAGAGAGCACGUUCCUCAGGUGGAGGAGGACCUGAUCCAUCAGCAAUACCCACUGGGAAUCUCCUCCGCUGGACGCAAGAGCCUCAUGAGCAGCCCUCAGAGUCCGCUCAAAUCAGACUGCCAGCCCAACUCCCCGACCGAGUCCAGCAGCAGCAAGAACGCCAGCCUUUCCCAAACUGCGGGAGUGCAAGUGUCACAAGGUACGCAGGACCCUAAAGCUCGCAACUGGAAAAAGUACAAGUUCAUUGUGCUGAAUCAGAGCGCAAAGGAAGACGAGGUGGGGCUGCGAGACUCUGGGCUCCGCUCACCCCAGCGCCUCGGCCUGCAACCCUACCUCCAUCCCAGCGACUCGGAGAACCUCGACCCACAAACCACAAGCAAGAGCAACGUUCACAGCGAGGAUCUGCCUGCGCCUCAGGCUAGUCGUCUCAACAAUAUCAUCAACAGUGCACUUGAGGGAACACUGAGGAGCAGUGACAGCCGCCCUCCUCACUACCUGAGCCGCCUCACCUGCUCAUCCUGUGGCUCCCAGUCCCCACAGCACUCAGAGGUUUGUCCCAACUCCUCCAGGUCCCGUCUCACUGAAGACAUGGCAGAGCUGCACUCAGAAUACUCAGACUCCAGUUGUGAAAACGGCACUUUCUUCUGUAAUGAAUGUGACUCAAAGUUUGCCGAAGACGAGGCGCUGAAACAGCACAUGCUGCAAGUGCACAGUGACAAGCCAUACAAGUGUGACCGCUGCCAGGCGGCUUUCCGCUACAAGGGCAACCUGGCCAGCCACAAGACUGUCCACACAGGAGAGAAGCCGUAUCGCUGUAAUAUUUGUGGUGCUCAGUUUAACCGACCAGCUAACCUCAAGACUCACACUCGCAUCCACUCAGGAGAGAAGCCAUACAAAUGUGAGACGUGUGGAGCCCGGUUUGUACAGGUUGCUCAUCUUCGUGCCCAUGUGUUGAUCCACACGGGUGAGAAGCCAUAUCCGUGUGAGAUCUGCGGAACACGCUUCCGUCACCUGCAGACGUUGAAGAGCCACCUGCGCAUACACACAGGAGAGAAACCCUACCAUUGUGAGAAAUGCAACCUGCACUUCCGCCACAAGAGUCAGCUCCGGCUGCAUCUUCGACAGAAGCACGGCGCCAUCACCAACACAAAGAUCCAGUACCGUUUGUCGACGGCCGACAUGCCCGCUGACCUGACAAAGGCGUGCUGAGCCGGAGAACUGCUGGAAUAAAGGAGGCAAUCUUGAACUUGGCAUUUAAAGACCCCAACUUGUACAAUCAUCCAAAAUUGUAGUGCCACACUGUGUUCAUUAGAGAAAUAAAUUGGCUGUGUAUGCCAUCGUAAACGGGUUUCCACUACAUGUGAACGUAGAGCCACUUAUGGCGUCUUAGUCACUUUAUUGUUUAUAUAUAAUAUAAAUAGAUGUAUGUAUGUGGGGACUGUUUCUAAGCUUUAAAAAAGGUACGUAUACAAAGCUUUAUUUUGUCGAGAAGGAUGGAAUGUAAACAAUCAGUUUUUUGAAUAUACAGUAUUUUAUAUCAGAGAACUUACUUUUCUGGAGGUAUUGAACAUUUUGACUGACAGGUGGUACAUAUAUUUUAAGAUUUACAGAAUUUGCGGCUGUAUAGGGUUGUCUAUACAUUUUUAUGUCGAUGUAUGUACACGUCAAGUUGCCAUAUUCGUGCAAAAAGAGGGGAGGGGGGGGAGUCAACACACGAUGACACUGUAAUUGGAUGGAGUGUAAAACAUAUCAGAUGACUGUGCUGCUGUCUGAUGAGAAUAUGCAUGAGAUACGGUUGUCGUCAGCGUCGGCUGCGUAAAUAUUGUGACAUAUAUUGUGUAAUUAUAUCCGUGGGAUUGCUCUCUGCUGGCAGAGCCAAUCUUAAGUGUUAAACUGCAUUUCAAGGUACUGCUUUGUUAUGACCAAGAAAAGAUAAUUGCUUCAAAUGUAUUUAAAUGGCUUUUUGUUUGUUUGUUAAAUUUGUUUUUAAUAAGUGAAGGUUUACAGUUCUGCUCAUUGUUCUAGACCCUACAGUGUAGCCGUGUACUUGUCCAGGUUUUUCAUUUGUACAUACACUGUGUAUUCAAUGUGCCUUUCUCUAUGGUGACUGAAUUCCUCUCCAUUCAGCCCAGCUCGGUUUGAGGUACAACUCAAGGACGCCAUGUGUCCUGAUUCCCUGUGUGGGUGUGAGUGUGUAUAUAUAUUUUUAAAUGCUUGUCUUCGACCUUAAAAACAUGCAAAUUCAUCAUUGUAAAUCUUCAGGACUGGUUUUUUUUUUUGUUUGUUUUUUGGAUCUGUCUUUUUUUCAAACUUCAUUUAAAAUGUUGUACAGUGUUAUAGAUGUAUGAAUGUAAAAUAAAGGUAUUGGAUUUCUAUGUAUUAACUCUAGAGGGAGCGCUUUUAAUUGAGUGUGUGGCGUGUGAGGAACAAAGCUGCAAAUACACGCACACUUUGACCAUGUAGAUCACUGACAGCAUAGCAUU